CGCAACUGCAGCCAAUCCACUCCAGAGCGGGCAUGUGUCGACUGCUCGUGCUCAAGAGUGUCGAGCCCGUCUUGCUCGCUCACCUCAUCACGCGACCGAGUCACUCUAUCAUUUCCCAAGCAAGCGACGCCCGCCUUCGUCUCGACUCGGGCUCGACCAAUGCCGACGGAUUUGGCAUAGGAUGGUACGACGAAGUGCCAACCCCUUCGAGCAGUAUCAACCCUCCUUGUGUGUUUCAAGCCAUCACGCCCGCUUGGUCCAAUAGGAAUCUCCACCGACUGGCCGAUAGGAUCAAGAGCAGUCUUGUGUUUGCGCACGUGAGAGCUUCCACGUCGGGCAGUUUGUCGGAAGACAACUGUCAUCCUUUCCAGUUUGGUCAGAUACUGUGGAUGCAUAACGGGGCUAUUGCCGAGUUCCAGAAGCUCAAGCGGCCGCUCCAGAUGCUGCUCAAAGAUCGGUAUUACGAAGUGCCCCAGGGCAAUACAGACAGCGAAUGGAGUUUUGCUCUCUUUCUCAAUUGCCUCGACGCCCACAUCGAUCCCAAUGCAGGCACGAUACCGCAUGCCAAGCUCAAAGAAGCCAUGCUCGAGACGAUCUGGACGCUCAACAGACUCGCAAAGGAAGCCAACGUCACCGAACCGAGCCUGAUGAAUUUCUGCGUGAGCGACGGUCAGAGCGUCGUAGCUACGCGAUACAUCUCUAGCCGACACGACGAGGCUGCUAGUCUGUACUACAGUACUGGAAGCCAAUUCGAAGAAUACGAGCAAGGCGGGCACUAUAGGAUGACAAAGUCGGACAAGCGAGAACGAAUCGUCUUGAUAGCAAGCGAGCCAUUGACAUUCGAAAAGGCAGAUUGGCUAGAGAUUCCGUGUCAGACGAUCAUCGUCAUCGAUCCGAGCAUGAACGUCCUCACAUGGUGCAUCGACGACGAGUUUGCACUGGCAGGUAUGUACCCGGAUCGCGACAGCCAGUUCAUACAGUCAAGAGGCUAUCGCUUCAACUCGGCUCAAGUCGCUCGAUGAUCACUGUACCAGCUCACGUACGUAGGGUGAGCAUGUAGUUAGGGAAAGGCGUGUUGUUGCAAUACAGAUCAUACAGAGGCUCAUAGUUCUGUCUUCUUGCCGGCACUCGAUGCGCUGUCCACGACGAUCUUCUCAAUCUUGUUGAAGAUAAAGUCGACACCAUGCUCCACCGGUUCGUCAAAUCUGGCAGGCUCUUCAGCUCGGUCGAGCUGGUGUGCAGCGUGACGUACAUGUACGGUAGCGCGGGUACGACGGCCAAGCCUAGCACUGUGGGUCCCCAAGCUCUGACGCGAGGACUCUUGGCGUUCUUGAACAAUCGGCCAGACUGUUUCACCGUCGUGCUGUGCGCCCGUUGUCAGUCGGAGCAAGGCAUGAAAGCCAUCCAGGGCUCACUGUAUAGUCAGAGCAGGAAAGAGCAUCGAAGCUGUAGCUUGGAACGUAGCCCUCUUGACGACUCGCAAGCCG